AUGGCAACGCGUGCACUCUCUACGUUCGUUUUGGCCAACUUUCUGGGCUCAUGCCUCUCUUUAGCUGUGCCAGUCGUGCGCCAAAGCGGCAAAGUUGGCGUCCUUGAUGUUUCCAUCCCACCCAACAGGAACGAUGACCAAUACUACACGGUUGAUCUCGAUUUCGAUGGCCAAACUGUUCCGGUUCUUCUCGAUACUGGCUCUGGAGAUCUCUUCGUUGGGUCAAACCAAUGCAGCACGACUGAUCCAGACAGUGGAUGCUACAACAGCCCAUUUUACCAAAUCACCAAUGAAACCGUCAUCGUUGCGAACGAGACGUUCGGCACUGUUGUGGGAGUUGCCGGCGUGAAUGGAAAUCAGUCCAUCAUGCCCGUUGAUUUUGGAGGCGUUACCAUUCCAGAUCUCGCCACUCCCCUUCUUUAUUAUGCGGGCAAGGGCGAGUUCCAGAAUGGGUCUUUCGGAGGCAUUCUUGGUGUCUCUCCGCGCAACGUUUCUCGCAACUAUUACUUCUUCGAGCGGCUUCCUCCAAUCGAUGCCAUGAUCACAGAAGGUCUGUUGGAGAAGCCCGUCUUCUCGCUGACCCUGCCGAGACUGGGAGAUCCUGAUUCCAUAUCCGGAAAAUUAACACUUGGCGCCAUCGAGGACGCUCCGAUCAUCGGAGACAUCUCCUACAACGAAAUCAUCGACGCACCCAACUACGGCUACGAGGAUGCCCGUCUCGCCCCGAUGUCCUGGACCUCCCAGCUGGAGGGCGUGCGCAUGAACGGAGUUGAGAUCAACAUGACGCAGAGCUCAAUCGACGCGCAAGGCCGCUACCUCUCCCUCUUCGACUCGGGCGCCCAAACCAUCCUCCUCCGCUACCAAGAAUUCACCGCCGUCGCCGCGCUCUUCAAGGGCAAGACGAUUGUGCAGGACGGCUACGCCGUCUACUUCGACUGCGCCGAGCCGCAGCUGCUCGAGCUGAACUACCACGGCCGCUGGUUCGCCGUCGACCCGCUCGACUUGAUAAUCCCCAGCGACCAUGGUGUGGUCAACGGGACGGUGAUGUGCAAGUCCGCGCUGGGCACGUGGAGCAGGACGUUUGCGGACUCGAUUAUCGGUGUGCCGUUUAUGCGGAAUACGCUGAGUGUGUUUGAUUACGUGACGGAGGAUUUGUACAGUGUGCAGCCGCGCGUGGGGUUGGGGAGCUUGACGGAUGGCGCGGCGGCGAUGGAGAGCCAGAAUCGUUGGAACGACGAACAGAACUUCUGCCACCUUGAUCUUCGCUACCGUGAGAGGACAGGUGGUCAGCAGUGA